CGUGGCCGCGUGCAGUGAUCGGGACGCAGUGUUUACAAGUGAAGGCGGGAGGCAUGGAGCGGCGGCGGGCAGCAGGCAGCGGCCCCGCCAGGCACCCACCCCAGGCACCACCCAGCGGCGCCCACCCCCAGCACCGCCCCGGCCAGGAGGACGAGCUCGCCGCCCAGCUUGCCAAAAUUGAACGAGAGCUGCGGCAGAAGGAAAAGAAGCUUGAGAAAUAUAACCGCGUCCUGAAAGCCAAGAAGCAUGUUCGUGAUACUCUUCGUCAGCACAGUGCCACCACCAAGGACCAGGGCACCCCACCCACAGCCCCAGCAGCCCAGGACGCCUCACCUCCCCGUGGCGGCAAAUCCUCUACCCUCAGGAGCGUCACCUUCAGCACCAGGUCGCCAGAGGUCCAGUAUGUCCCAGCUGGCCGCGUUACACCCACCCCACCACCACCCACCACACCCACACAUACAGAAGAGGAUCAGAGAAAGGAGAAGGGGACGAGAAGGGAGGCUUUAAAACAAGGGACUGGAGAUGGGAAAAGUGCGAAGAAUGAAAGUGAACAUUUACCGUCAACCAGGGAAGGACAGGAGAGGAAGGAGCAGAGAGGAACAAGAAGGGAGGCUUUAAAACAAGGAACUGGAGAUGGGAAAAGUGCGAAGAAGGAAAGUGAACAUUUACCAUCCAUGUCCUCUGUCCCAUCAACCAGGGAAGAACAUGAGAAAAGAACAUCCAUUUCUAAGCCACCUCCUAUCCCUGCAGACUCCAUUGAUGUGUCUAAGAAAAGGAAUGUCACCUUACCAAACACCAUAGACCACUUACCAUCCACUUCCUCUGUCCCAUCAACCAGGGAAGAACAUGAGAGAAGGACAUCCAUUUCUAAGCCAUCUCCUAUCCCUGCAGACUCCAUUGAUAUGUCUAAGAAAGGGAAUGUCACCUUACCAAACACCAUAGACCACUUACCAUCCACAUCCUCUGUCCCAUCGACCAGGGAAGGACACAAGAAAAACUCAUCCAUUUCCAAACCAUCUCCAAAUGCUAUGUCCAAGGAAGAGACCAUCACCUUACCAAACACCGAACAACACUUACCAUCCACCUCCUUCAUCCCAGCAACCAAGGACGGACAUGAGGGAGACUGCACUAUUACCAGAGCUACACUAGACCCCAACAGUGAAAGAAACUCCAGCUCCUCGGAUGCAACAUUGUCAGGACUCUUGAACGAGGAGCUACCCUGCUGUUCCCAGACUUCCAUUGAGGACAUAGGGCAGAGAGGAAAGAGGGAGAAGAGGGGAAGUGUUGAGUGUAUUUCUAGUCCCUCUAACACUUCUCCAUUGCUACAAGCUUGUCACGGAAAGUUGAGAAACACAGUCUCCAUUGCUGCAAACUAG